AACAAUGUCUAAAGGAAAAGUUUGUUUGGCCUACUCUGGUGGUUUGGACACCUCGGUGAUCCUUGCUUGGUUGCUCGAAGAAGGAUACGAGGUGAUUGCCUUUUUGGCUAACAUUGGUCAAGAGGAGGACUUUGAGGAGGCUGAGAGAAAGGCCUUGGCCAUCGGUGCCACCAAGUUUGUCGUUGUGGAUGUCAGAAAGCCGUUUGUUGAAAACGUCUGUUUCCCUGCUAUCCAGGCCAACGCCAUUUACGAGAACGUCUACCUUUUGGGUACGUCUUUGGCCAGACCAGUCAUUGCCCAAGCACAAAUUCAAGUUGCCGAAGAAGAGGGUUGUUUUGCCGUCUCGCACGGAUGUACUGGUAAGGGUAAUGACCAAGUUCGUUUCGAGUUGUCCUUCUAUGCCUUGAAGCCAGACGUCAAGGUUAUUGCCCCAUGGAGAGACCCAGUUUUCUUCAACAGAUUUGCUGGCAGAAAGGAUUUGUUGGAGUAUGCUGCUUCUAAGAACAUUCCAGUUGCUCAGACCAAGGCAAAGCCAUGGUCCACUGACGAGAACUUGGCACACAUUUCUUUCGAGGCCGGUAUUUUGGAGGACCCUAACACCACGCCACCAAAGGACAUGUGGAAAUUGACCGUCGACCCAACAGAUGCACCUGAGACUCCUGAGGACUUCUCCGUUGUUUUCGAGAAGGGAUUGCCUGUCAAGUUGGUGCUUAAUGGUGGCAAGAAGAUUGUCACUGACCCAGUUGAGUUGUUCAUUGAGGCGAACUCCUUGGCCAGAAGAAACGGUGUUGGUAGAAUUGACAUUGUCGAAAACAGAUUUAUCGGUAUCAAGUCCAGAGGAUGUUACGAGACUCCAGGUUUGACCAUCUUGAGAAAUGCUCACGUUGACUUGGAAGGUUUGACCUUGGACAGGGAAGUGAGAGCUUUGAGAGACCAAUUUGUCACUGUCUCUUACGCCAAGUUGUUGUACAACGGUAUGUACUUCACCCCUGAGUGUGAGUACGUCAGAUCUAUGAUCCCACCAUCCCAGAUUACCGUGAACGGAACUGUCAGAGCUAGAGCUUACAAGGGUUCGGUUUCUGUCUUGGGUAGAUACUCUGACACCGAGAAAUUGUACGAUGAGACGGAGUCUUCUAUGGAUGAAUUGACUGGCUUCUCUCCAGAGGACACCUCCGGAUUUAUUGCCGUGCAAUCCAUCAGAAUCAAGAAGUACGGCGAGGCUGCCAGAGAGAAGGGAAUCAAGUUGGAGUUGUAAAUGUGAAGGGUGUUGAACAUCCAUUAAAUAAACAUGCAUAUAUGAUAGAAAAGACAUUUAACGAGAUAUGACCCUGUGUAGCGAACGAUAUAUCAGAGACCAA